AUGGCAGGAAAGUCAAAGGAAGACAAGGACACACCAAUGGAAAAGCGGCUGAAAUACCUCAAGGGCUCUUUUGAGAAAGCGAGUUUUCCGGAGCUGUCCGACAGCCUGGAAGAGGUUCUCUAUUCCCUGGAGAGUGCCGGCUUAGUCGUGGGCAUCGCCGGAGAGUCUGGCGCUGGCAAGUCGACCUUCAUCAACUCCUUCCGGGAGCUACGUGAAGAGGAUGAAGGUGCUGCUCCUACCGGGAGGGCAGACACCAGUAGGGGUCCCACCCCGUACCCACACCCUAAGUAUGACAACGUGAUUCUGUGGGAUCUGCCGAGCAUCGAUUCCCCUGAAUUUCAGAGGAAAGAUUAUCUGGAGCAGAUCAGUGCCUCCCGCUAUGAUUUUGUUGUUGUCAUGGCCUGCCAGCACUUCACCUCUCUCCAUGCCAGACUGGCUCUCCACAUCAAGAACGCCAGUAAGGCUUUCUACUUUGUCCGCUCCAAGGUGGAUGCAGAUCUGGAGGCAAGACGCUCGAGCAACCCCUUGGGCUUCAUCGAUGCUGUUGCCCUGCAGCGAAUCCGGGAGGAGUGCAUGAAAGAUCUGAAGGCCGAGGGGGUGAAGUUCCCAAAGCUCUUCCUCAUUUCCAAUUCUCAGUUGAGCAAGUAUGACUUCUCCCGCUUUGUGGAGACCUUGGAGAAGAACCUGCAGCUGGAGAAGAGCCACUGCUUUCUCAUGGCCGCACCAAACGUCUCCCAUCGCAUCCUGGAGAGGAAGAAGAGCGCCAUGGUGGAGCAUCUGUGGCUGGCCUCCGUGGUAGCCGCUAGCUGCCAGACGGUGCCCAUCCCAGAGAUUUCAAUCGCAUGCAAUCUGGACCACCUGGCCCAGACGCUGCGAGGUUAUUGCACCAGCCUCGGCUUGGAAGACUCCUCCUUACGGAGAGCAGCCCGGCAGGCUGAGCAGCCACUGGAGCUGUUCCGGGCCUUGGUGAGGUCACCCCUGGCUGCCGCCGUCACCCCGGCACUGGUGGUGGAGCUGCUGGAAGAGGCCGCCGGCAAAGCUGCGAAGCUCCCGAAGCAGCUGGUGCCCAUGACCAGCCUGGGGCCGUCGUUUUCUGUGGUGUACAAUAUGCUGAGGGUGUUCGUGGACAGUGCGGCAGCAGAUGCCCACAAGAUACUCGUGAGGGCAUUUAUGAGUCACAAGCCUACCAGUGAGCAGGCGGCAGAAGCAUCGCAAGUCACGGACAGCUGA